AUGGGCCAGCGCAACGUGGUGGUGGUCUCCUCCCCGGCUCUGGCGCGCGAGGUGCUCCACGCGCAGGGAGCCGAGUUCGGCUCCCGCCGCCGGAACGUGGUGUUCGACGUCUUCACCGACGGGGGCCAGGACAUGGUGUUCGCGGCGUACGGCGACCACUGGCGCACGAUGCGCCGCGUCAUGACGGCGCCCUUCUUCACGGGCAAGGUGGUGCAGCGGCACCACGCAGGAUGGGAGGCCGAGGCUGCGGCCGUCGUGGACGCCGUCCGCGCCGACCCCGCUGCCGCCACCGACGGCGUCGUGCUCCGCCGCCACAUGCAGCUCAUGAUGUACAACAACAUGUACAGCCUCAUGUUCGGCCGGCGGUUCGAGGGCCUGGACGACCCCCUGCUCCUCCGCCUCAGGGAGCUCAACGGCGAGCGCAGCCGCCUCGCGCAGAGCUUCGAGUACAACUACGGCGACUUCAUUCCCGUCCUGCGCCCGUUCCUCCGCGGCUACCUCAAGAUCUGCAAGGAGGUCAAGGACGCCCGCCUCAAGCUCUACAAGGAUUGCUUCGUCGAGGAAAGGAGGAAGAUGCUGGCGAGCGGCAAGGCCACGGACAGCCAUGAGCUCAAGUGCGGCAUGGAUGAGAUCCCGGAGGCGCAGCGCAAAGGCGAGAUCAACGAGGAUCACGUGCUCUUCAUCGUCGAGAACAUCAACGUUGCCGCGAUCGAGACGACGCUGUGGGCAAUGGAGUGGGCGGUGGCCGAGCUGGUGAACCACCCGGAGACCCAGCAGAAGCUGCGGCGCGAGAUGGACACGGUGCUGGGAGCCGGCCACCAGGUCACCGAGCGGGACACGCACAGGCUCCCCUACCUGCAGGCCGUGGUCAAGGAGGCGCUCCGGCUGCGCAUGGCCAUCCCGCUGCUGGUGCCGCACAUGAACCUCCGCGACGCCGAGCUCGGCGGCCACGGCGUCCCCGCCGAGAGCAAGGUCCUCGUCAACGCCUGGCACCUCGCCAACGACCCCGGCCUGUGGGACCGGCCCGGCGAGUUCCGCCCCGAGAGGUUCUUGGAGGAGGAGAGGCACGUCGAGGCCGGCGGCAACGACUUCAGGUACCUCCCCUUCGGCGCCGGCCGCAGGAGCUGCCCGGGCAUCGUCCUCGCGCUGCCGUUCCUCUGCAUCACCGUCGGCCGCCUAGUGCACAACUUCGAGCUGCUGCCGCCGCCCUGCCAGGGCAUGCUCGACACCACCGAGAAGGGCGGGCAGUUCAGCCUCCACAUCCUCAAGCAUUCCACCAUCGUGGCCAAGCCGAGGGCUUUUUAA